AUGCCUACUUGCACAUACCAAUGCACCCAGCAAGUCACCAGGCUAACACAGGAUUUACUACACCAGUUGGGCUUUCUAGUAAAUCAAGCAGAGUCGCAGCCAACACAACAGUUGGUCUUCCUGGGCAUGGAGUUGGACACGGAGGCGGGCUUAGUACGUCCUUCACAGGCGCAAUUGCUUGGCGCUAAGCGACCUAGCCAAACGCCUAGUCAGCGUUCCCUCAGUGUCCCUCCGAGAACUAAUGCAGAUUAUCGUGCUUCACACAGACAACACAGCAGUGGUCUCCUAUAUCAACAAGAACGGGGGACAAGAUCCCCAUCGUUGUCAGUCCUAGCAGAGCAAAUUCUUCUUUGGUGCCUGGAAAGCAAUUUGGAGAUAAGUGCACACCACCUUCCAGGGGUGAGGAACAGUCUGGCAGACGCCCUCUCGUCUCUAGAACACGUGGUGGCAGAUACCCCAAUGGGUAGCCUCCAUGCUGUUUUGGCUGUGGGAUGGUCCAAAGAUAGAACCCUGGAACGCCAAGCUCCCGACGUAUGUAACACUCCUGCUGACACCAGGACCUUGGGCCAUGGAUGUGUUGUCGAUCCCGUGGACAAACCCAAUUGGCCAACCAAGGCUUGGUUUUCACUUCUGUUGGAAAUGCUAGUCGAGACACCGCGUUCACUUAGUCCUCCGUGUGGAGAAAGAAGGAACCAGAGUGAAGAUAGAGGGAAGGUGGCAUCACCAACAUUACCUCCGUCACGUGAGGAGAAUGAAAUCAAAGUCAAAUUCAACAAAUCCUCGGUGACCUUACAGUCUGACAGUGAGGUGAACGGAAUAUGGUUACAGUGCCUGAAGCUGGCUUAUCCAGAACCAAGACAUGUUUACAAUGACAAUAAAGAAAAGAAGACAACACAAUUACGUCUAGUCAGCCAAAAUGGUAAUACAGUAACAAUCAAAGUCUACCACAAUGGUACCUUAUUAAUCCAGGGUAAUUCAUGGAUAAUGAAUGAAUGGACCAUGCUACUCAAAUACAUUCAGGCGAAGAGUAACACCAUUGCCAACCCAUUCAUGCAAGAUGAUGCUGAAACGGAAUACAAAACAGUACCUCAUUGGAAAGCCACAAGACCAAGAAAAAACAUGCAAACACUCAUCAUUGGUGACUCCAUGCUUAAGAACAUUGAUGUAAAGGGAGUGUACAAAAAUACAUUUGUGAUAACCUUACAAGGACGAAAAAUAAAAGAAAUGGAUGCAUACAUCCAGGAAACAACUGGAGAUGACCUACAAAAUGUUGUCAUACAUGCAGGCACAAACAAUAUAGCAGAUAACGAUACAGUGGAUUCCUGUGUUGAAGACAUAGAUAGCAAUAACAUCCAACUUCAGUUUCACUUAAAUGAUGCUGUACAUCUUAACAAUCAUGGAACUGCAAUCUUGGUCAGUACAAGGAAAAUGGAGGCAAGCCAAGAAGGUAUGGCGAACAACUCCAGUGGAAGCGCCAUGGCAACCAACCCACACUUACUGCAGAUGGAAGAAGAUGUACUUUACCAUUUUGGUCUGUCAACAAAGAAAAAUAAUUUACAAGCAAUGUUUGGAGAAGUUAAGUUUGUGUGUACUGGUGGCAGUUCUGCUAGAAUGGAAGUUUUUGCUAAGUUUAUGUUAGAAGAACUUCAUAUGCACUUGCCAGCUGGUAUGGCAUUAUGUAACAUCUGCUCCACAGACAGAUACGCUAUGUAUAAAGUAGGACCUGUUCUUGUGGUUAGCCAUGGUAUGGGUAUGCCGUCCAUAUCUAUAAUGUUACACGAGGUCAUCAAAUUAUUAGAAUACGCUCAGUGCAAAGAUUUAACAUUUUUCCGCAUUGGAACAUGUGGUGGACUAGGAUUGAAACCUGGUUCUGUGGUUGUCACAGAAACUGCUGUGGACUACAAAUUUGAGCCGGUUUUUGAGCUGCAAGCACUUGGGAAGAUAAUCUCCACACCUACAAACCUCAACAAGGACUUAGCACAAGAUCUGUUAUCAUGCAGUGACCAAUCAGAUGAAUUUGAUAUUGUUGUGGGUAACACUAUGUGUACUAAUGACUUCUAUGAGGGUCAGGGCCGCUUAGACGGAGCUUUUUGUGAUUACACCGAACAGGACAAAAUGAACUACUUACAUGAGUUGUAUAAUGUUGGUAUACGUAACAUUGAGAUGGAGUCGCUGUGUUUUGCCUCAAUGAUGAACAGAGCUGGUAUCAAAGCCGGUGUUGUGUGCGUGACUAUACUCGACAGACUCAAGGGUGACCAAGUGGUCACACCCAAAGAAGAAUUGCGUCGAUGGGAGGAAAGACCGCAGACUGUUGUUGCACGAUACAUCAAGGGAACGUUUGAGAAGAAAUUAAAGUAAAAUGAAGGGCAGUGCAACAAUCUUGUAUUUUAAGCGUAAACGUCUCCGCUUUUUAAUUGGUUGUCAUGCUUCAUUCCAGUGCAACAUAUGCAAUGC